CCUAGCAGUGUACCAGCGCCCAUGUUCCCCGUCUAUCCCGCGCCAGACUCGCUGCCUGUGCCGGCCCCGCUCUCCCCCCUGCCCGCCGCAGGCCGCAGCAUCAUUGCGCAUGAGCGAGAUCGCCGAGAGUCCGUGAGAGCGCCACUCACACUCACCGGGAGGCCGAGCACCAACAUGAACAAGUUGAAAUCCUCGCAAAAAGAUAAAGUUCGCCAGUUUAUGAUCUUCACACAAUCUAGUGAAAAGACUGCAGUAAGUUGCUUGUCCCAGAAUGACUGGAAGCUAGAUGUUGCCACAGAUAACUUUUUCCAGAAUCCUGAGCACUAUAUCCGAGAAAGUGUAAAAGGGGCUUUGGACAGAAAAAAAUUAGAACAACUUUAUAACAGAUACAAAGACCCUCAGGAUGAAAAUAAAAUUGGAAUAGAUGGCAUCCAGCAGUUUUGUGAUGAUUUAGCGCUCGACCCCGCCAGUGUCAGUGUGCUAAUUAUUGCAUGGAAAUUCAGAGCAGCCACACAGUGUGAAUUUUCUAAGCAGGAAUUUAUGGAUGGAAUGAUAGAAUUAGGGUGCGACAGCAUAGAAAAAUUAAAAGCACAGCUACCGAAAAUGGAACAAGAAUUAAAAGAGCAAGGAAGGUUUAAGGAUUUUUAUCAGUUUACAUUCAACUUUGCAAAAAAUCCAGGCCAAAAAGGUCUAGACUUAGAGAUGGCCAUUGCCUAUUGGAAUUUAGUACUAAAUGGACGAUUCAAAUUCCUAGACUUAUGGAACACAUUUUUAUUGGAACACCAUAAACGAUCAAUACCUAAGGACACAUGGAACCUUCUACUAGAUUUCAGUACAAUGAUAGCAGAUGAUAUGUCAAACUACGAUGAAGAAGGAGCAUGGCCAGUUCUCAUUGAUGACUUUGUGGAAUUUGCACGUCCUCAAAUUGCAGGGACAAAAAGUACAACAGUGUAGCACUAAGGAACCUUGUAGAAUGUACAUAGCCUGUACAAAUUAACUGAUAAUUACAGUCAGUUUCUUCUGGCUGGACUCAUUUGAAGAUCAACCCUAGCAGCAUCUCCGCAGGGUUGAAAGAGACACUUGGAGACAUCUUAUAAGACCGUAUUCUAUUUCAUUCUCUUGGUGGUUUGGGCCUGUUUACUAGUCCUGGAGCGCAAUUUCCACUUCAUGUCCAAAUCAUGGAUUUCAUCACAUAUCUGUGGAACAUCCUAGUUUAUCCUGUCAUCAGUUUUAGAUUGAUUGUGUGGCUUGUUCACUCACAUAAAGCAAAAUGCCACAUUCAUCUGCUAACUUCAUCAUAGCCUCCGUGAUGCCUCUUUUGUUUGCUAGUUCCAGAGACUAUGCAGGUAACACCUCAUCAGAUAAUGUGCUAUUGUUCCCCCAUAAAGAAACAAAGAAAAGCAAUGUUCAUCAUCAUCAUCCUCAUCUGUUUUUGGAUCUCACCGUACAUGGCGGGCGGUGCUCCGUUGUCGAUACCAAAGCAAGUGUUUUGCUGGAAUUGUAGAGGACG